AUGAAGGCUCUAGCGCAAUUUGUUACUGGGAUGGAUUUCUUACUUAAUCUUAUCAUAUUCAAAUUAAGGAAAACACGCAUACAGAAACUACUGAAAGAAAUAGAAGAUUUUCUUCGCACUUCCAACGAUAAUGAGAAAACCAUUCUGCAGAAAUAUACGGAUCGUUAUACCAUCUUUUUCAUAUUGGUUGCAAUAUGCCAUUGCUUAGGCUUUUUCGCUUUCUGCUGCGGUCCUAUUUUUCUUUCGACAAAGUGGCCUAUUGAAAUAUGGUAUCCAUUUUCUAUUGAAUCACCGAUGGCGAUAUGUAUUUUUUACAUCUUACAAGUAUACGUUAUCAUGAAAGCUGGACUUAAUUUCAUUGUAAUCUUGAUGUUUGGCAUGUUUUUUCUGUAUUCAUCUGCAAAAUUAGAGAUGUUAUGUUCAAAAAUACAAAGUGCGAAGAAUAAAAGCCAGAUAAAUUCAUGUAUUAAGAAACAUCAGAAAAUAAUCAAAUACGUGAAUGAAGCAAGUCAUGCUGUGCAAUAUAUUCUUUACAAAACAAACAUUGUGAUGUCAUUAGUUAUUAUUUCUAGUACUUGUUCAAUUAUUCGCGGUCGAUCAUUAUGGGUAUCAUAUCAAUUUGUUUUUAUGAUAAUCUGCGGAUGUCAAAAAUUAUAUCUUACUGCUUGGACAGCUGACGAUUUGAUGGAAAAUAGUGUACAAGUUGCAAUGGAAAUAUAUAGUAUACCAUGGUUUGAAAACUUACAAUAUAACACUAAAGAUAUAUGUUUCAUGAUUCAAAGAAGUCAAAUGCCGCUCGGAGUCAACAUAAGAGGUCUUUUGCCAACAUUAUCUCUUGAAUAUUUUACUAAGUAUUCCAUGACGACGAUAUCUUAUUUGACAACAAUGAAAACAAUAAUUGGUGAUUAG